GUGAGAGUUCGGGCCAAUUGGAGGCGCAGAGACCGCUCGACCCGGGCGCAGCGCGCAGGCGGUGGCGAAGAGACGCCGAGCGGGCCGAGUGCGGCCGAGCAAAGCCGGAGCCGGAUCGGGGCCGCAGGAGCUGUGCCGGGUCCGGACGGGCCGAAAUGCCCUAUAAACUGAAAAAGGAGAAGGAGCCCCCCAAGCUUGCCAAAGGCACGGCCAAGCCCAGCAGCUCAGGCAAGGAUGGCGGAGGCGAGAACACUGAGGAGGCCCAGCCACAGUCCCAGACCCAGUCCCAGUCUCAGCCACCAUCAUCCAACAAGCGUCCCAGCAAUAGCACACCACCCCCAACACAGCUCAGCAAAAUCAAGUACUCAGGGGGGCCUCAGAUUGUCAAGAAGGAACGAAGGCAAAGCUCCUCCCGCUUCAACCUCAGCAAGAACCGGGAGCUGCAGAAGCUUCCUGCCCUGAAAGAUUCACCAACCCAAGAGCGGGAGGAGCUGUUUAUCCAGAAGCUACGCCAGUGCUGUGUCCUCUUUGACUUCGUGUCAGACCCACUCAGUGACCUCAAAUUUAAGGAAGUAAAGCGGGCAGGACUCAAUGAGAUGGUGGAAUACAUCACCCAUAGCCGUGAUGUUGUCACUGAGGCCAUUUACCCUGAGGCUGUCACUAUGUUUUCAGUGAAUCUCUUCCGGACACUGCCACCUUCAUCAAAUCCCACAGGGGCUGAAUUUGACCCAGAGGAAGAUGAGCCCACCCUGGAAGCUGCCUGGCCACAUCUCCAGCUCGUGUAUGAGUUUUUCUUACGUUUCCUUGAGUCUCCUGAUUUCCAGCCAAACAUAGCCAAGAAGUACAUUGAUCAGAAGUUUGUCCUUGCUCUCCUGGAUUUAUUUGACAGUGAAGAUCCUCGAGAGCGGGACUUCCUCAAGACCAUUUUACAUCGCAUCUAUGGCAAGUUUUUGGGGCUCCGGGCUUAUAUUCGUAGGCAGAUCAACCACAUCUUCUACAGGUUCAUCUAUGAGACAGAGCAUCACAACGGGAUUGCCGAGCUCCUGGAGAUCCUGGGCAGCAUCAUCAAUGGCUUUGCCUUGCCUCUUAAGGAAGAGCACAAGAUGUUCCUUAUCCGUGUCUUGCUUCCCCUUCACAAGGUCAAGUCCCUUAGUGUCUACCACCCUCAGUUGGCAUACUGUGUGGUACAAUUCCUGGAGAAGGAGAGCAGUCUGACUGAGCCGGUGAUUGUGGGACUUCUCAAGUUUUGGCCCAAGACCCACAGUCCUAAAGAAGUGAUGUUCUUGAAUGAACUAGAGGAGAUUCUAGAUGUCAUUGAACCUUCAGAGUUCAGCAAAGUGAUGGAACCACUCUUCCGCCAGCUUGCCAAGUGUGUCUCCAGUCCCCAUUUCCAGGUGGCAGAGCGCGCUCUCUAUUAUUGGAACAACGAGUAUAUCAUGAGCUUGAUAAGUGACAAUGCUGCCCGAGUCCUCCCCAUCAUGUUUCCAGCACUCUAUAGGAACUCCAAGAGCCAUUGGAACAAGACCAUCCAUGGACUGAUCUAUAAUGCCCUGAAGCUGUUUAUGGAAAUGAACCAGAAGCUGUUUGAUGACUGCACACAACAGUACAAGGCAGAGAAGCAGAAGGGUCGGUUCCGAAUGAAGGAAAGGGAAGAAAUGUGGCAAAAAAUAGAGGAGCUCGCCCGGCUUAAUCCCCAGUAUCCCAUGUUCCGAGCUCCUCCACCACUGCCCCCUGUGUACUCAAUGGAAACAGAGACGCCCACAGCAGAGGAUAUCCAGCUUCUAAAAAGGACAGUGGAGACUGAGGCUGUGCAGAUGCUAAAGGACAUCAAGAAGGAUAAAGUGCUGCUGCGGAGGAAAUCAGAGCUGCCCCAGGAUGUGUAUACCAUCAAGGCACUGGAGGCCCACAAGCGGGCCGAAGAGUUCCUAACUGCCAGCCAGGAGGCUCUCUGACCCCAUCACCUUCCCAUCACAGGGCCAUAGCCCACUCAGCCCUCCACCCUCUGUUCCCUACUGGCUGACUUGGGGCAAGGCAGAGCCUCUCUGACUACUCUAGGGAGGGGAUACGGGCACUUGGAAGUAGGGACACCCACAAAGUGGGUUCCUCUUCACCCCCAAAUGUGUUCAUGCCUCCCUGUGGCUAGUACAGACAGGCCGAGCACUCAGAUGCUCGGUGCUCAAAUAACCUGGGGAUGCCUGUUCCCUCCUGCUCCUAACCCCACAGCUACCUGAGGCUGCUCUGAGAAAAACACACACAGGAAUACAUUUGUUCCUCUACUCUUCCCUUCAUUCUCAUUUGAAUUCUCUCCUCUCUCUCCCCUGCAAAGGCAUGUAGGGAACAGAAGGAGAUUAUUCUCACCAAAGUUAUGUCAAGCCCCAUUGGCCCCUGGAGCAAGUAGCUGGAGGGAAGCCAGUCCUCAGCAGCACAAAUAGGCCCCCAGUUCCAGCAGUGUGCAGGCUGAUGAGGUUAUAUUAUUUCCUCUUACCCACUGCCUAAGACAAUGUGGGAGGUCAAAAGGAGAAAAGUAUAUGCUAGGGACCAUAAAUGAUGAAUAGAGGGCCCAGAUAAACCAAGGAGGGGAAGGAGAAAACACCCUACCCUGUGACCCCUCUGGUGAGCAGCAGCCCUGGGAUUACAAACAUGGAAGGGACUACCCUGGAGCUGACUGCUUUCCUGUGCUGUUGGUUCCCAUCGCUGGAAAGAAGGAAGCAGGGAGCAAUGCUGCAAGCGUAGCUCCUGCCAACACCUAUUUAUUUCCUUGUUUCUGCUGAUACUGGACAGACCCACAUUUGUCUCUUUUAGGACCCUGUAGGGACAAGGGGCUGAGAAGGGCUGGACCCAGGUUCCAAGGGCACAGGCAGUAUGGCUUUUAGCUGUGUACAUAGGGUGCUUUAUUCUCCACAGAGUGACACAUGCUAAGGUGGGUUGGGCUCGGGCCGAUGUCCCCUUAUGUACAGAACUGAAUAAAGUGGGUCUCUGAGAA